AUGGCAUCCGCGAUCAAGUCAGUCUACGCUUCAUACCCUUUCAUCGCACCACAGAAGUUCGCCGGCAAGCUGAAGGGCAAAGUCGUCGUAGUAACAGGCGCAUCCGUCGGAAUCGGCCGAGCGACAGGCAAAGCCUUCGCAGCAGCAGGAGCCAGCGUCGCAGUCAUCGCACGACGAGAAGCCGACAUCAAGACCCUCGCAGAAGAGAUCAAGUCCUCAGGCGGCCACGCCAUCCCGAUCGCCGCAGACGUAACCCAGAAAGAUGCCCCGAAGCGCAUCAUCGAGACCGUCGAGAAGGAACUCGGUCCUAUCGACAUUCUGAUCAACAAUGCUGGCAUCAGCCGGAUCGGUCCCCUCGUCGAAGAAUCCGAAGACCUCGACAUCUGGUGGAAGGUCUAUGAAGUCAACGUCCGAGCACCCGUAGCACUUAUCCGAGCUGUGCUCCCCGGGAUGGUCAAGCGAGGCAGCGGCGUCAUCAUGACCGUCUCCUCCGAAGUCGCCAGCUUGGGGCUCCCCGUCAUGACAGCGUACGCCUCGUCCAAGGCGGCCAUCAGCAAAUUCCACGAAAGCAUCGUCCCCGAGCUGGCCAAUACUGGAGUCCUCUCCUUCGCAGUGAACCCAGGUAUGGUCGGCGGAACUGAGUUGGGUAAAGGCGCCAUCAACACGGACGCAAUGGAGCACCCGGCACAGAAGGCAUUCCUCAACCAUCUCAAGACGAGUGCUGGGAACAAUACGGUGGGAACGUCCGAGCUUCCGGCCGACUUCAUGGUGGCGCUAGCGGUCGAUGAGAGGUCGAAGGCUCUUCACGGCAAGCAUGUGAAUGCGGAUCAGGACUUCGAGCCGGUGUUGGAUGAGAUUUCCAAGGAGGGCGGUGGCAGGAUUGGGAAGGAGGUGCUGUACAAGGUCCAUAUUGGGAAGUUGUAA